AUGGCCUUCGUCACCGUGCCUUUCAAAUUCGAAUCGCCAGGGACCUACAUUGCCAGGAUCAGCCCGAACAGCCCCGUGACCGCGCAGAACGUCUGGGACCCCGAGGGCGUCCUCGACGCCCCGGUCGACGACCUGAAUUGCAUCGGGAUCGACCCGCACACAGGCGAGCCAUGCGCACGACGGCUUAUGGCGGCCGGUGGCAAGAUCGCGCUCGACACCUUUCUCCGGACUCUCAAGGGCCUCGCACCGGACCGUCCCCACAAGAUCGAAAACCUCAUGAAGUUAGUCAUCAUCAACAGGCUUUGCAGAGACCACAAGGACUCCAAUCAGUACAGAAGAGUCCUGGCCGACUGGGACGAGAGGAGGGUCAGCGCCCUCACGAAGAUGGGGCGCGGGGACAGCGAGGCGACGAGAUACAUGGCCGUUCGGCUCGUUGCCUAUCGAAUAGAACACCGUCAUCCCAAUCCCUUUCUCGGCCUGUUUGAAGGGCCCCAGCAUGCGGGGCAACGAAAAGCCAUCCAACGCUGCUUAGGCGGCCACGGCGACCUGGGCCUGGAGGACGUCCGCUCCGUAUACCGGUGGCUGCAGAAUCAUCCUCCUACCAACCAGAUGGAGCGGCUGCAAUACACCGAGGAGUUUGAGACAGAGGGAGAGGAAGACGAAGAUGGAGACAGCGACAGUGGGACGGAGGCCCUCGACCAAAGCUUUGUUAAACUCUCCAUCGAACUUUGCGACAUGUACGACUGGGACAUGAUGGAAGAUGAUGAUGGCUAA